AUGAUAUAGACAUUAAUUUUAGUUUAGUUUACAUAUUAUUUGAUUGAAAUUUGAAGAAAUAGUGUUUCUAUGAAUUAAGUGCUAAAGUAGUGGUAAAAAGUUAGGAAAUAUAUAAUUUUUAGCAAUAAUUGUGAUUUUGUGGUAAAAUAGUGGCAUAAGAUGUGUUGCAAAUGAAUAAAUGUGUGAACUUUGGUCUCCAAUGUCUCUCCACUAACUGUAUUAUAUAAUAAUAUAAACAGUACUUCACGGGACAAACACUACAUUCACUGCUCACCAAAUAUUGUCCCCAAAAAACAAAGUUAUGGAACAGUCGAACGAUUCCAAUCGUGAUGAAGGCUCUAAUCAUCAACAGAUAACUGAUAGUCACCACCAAAACCAUCACCACCACCACCAACAGCAACACCAUCACCACCAACAACAACAUCCAACAGAUAUGCCCGUCCUCUCCGACCACCAACAGUCUGAGCGCGAACACGGCUCCAGUGGUGGCGCCAACAGUGCCAACACUGCCACCAGUGCUAACGGUCAGCACAAAUCCGACUCAACACCCCUACACGACUCCGCAAACACCGGACAUAUGUCUGGCCACCAAAGCGAUGACAACGACUCGUCUGUGGGUCACCACCCGAGCAGACACGCCAUAAUCGACGCGCACACACAUGUCAUCACUGAAGCGCCGCAUACGAGCGCACCCUCUGCUCACGACAACCACAGCCACAGCCAUCAACUUAAAAGAGAGGGCUCAUCGCACAGUCCGUCCAAUAUUGUUGACCAUUCAGCUCAUGGCUCUCCUGUACACGAGUUGGUGAGCGCGGCUACAGUUGGCCACUCGUUAGACGACAAGACUAUCGCUCACAACGACAGUGCUCUCCAUUCACACCUUUACGGCAAUUAUCAGUCCGCACAUCAACAGCACCACCAGUCCAGUGCAGUGAUUGGCCAUCACUACGGCUCAGCCACUUCUUCCAGCACUUCUUAUGCGACCAACACUAUCGGUAGCGCAACAUUAAGCCAAUCAAUUGGUGGUUACGGCACAUCGCCGCCAAACUAUCACUCAAACCAUCGCAAUAAUAACACCGAUUAUCAAACGGCAUCGACACUCAGUCCUAAAUCCACUCAUCAUUUGAGUGCAAAUUACGAUAAUGGCGUGCAUUUGGGUCAAGGUUCAAGCUCAUCUCACCAUCAUCAUCAUUCAAGUCAAUCACCAAGUCCACAAUUAUGGACAACUGAUGGAUUAGCGGCACAUACUAUGGCCUACAAUUUACCAGGAUCAAACAGCGAUGUUAACCACAAUUCGGGCGAUGAAUCUGAUUAG